UUCUACCUUUUAAAACCAAGGUAACGCUUGUAGGACAUUAUACAUUUGAUAACCGCUUUAUCUCGAGAAGACGAAUCUAAAUCUGCAGCUAUGCGUCAGUAUUGUCUUUGUCUUUUUAUUGGUCUUCUGGCAGUUGCGUUCAUCCAGUCUGGUGCAAUGGGCAACAAUUCCAAUUUGCCAUCCGAAUGCUGUUUUAAUUAUUAUGGGAGAAAAAUCCCCAUUGCUAAAAUCGACUCCUACAUAGAGACAAGAGUGGACUGCACCAAACCUGGAGUCAUUUUUGUCACGAAGAAGGGUUACCGAAUGUGCGUGAAUCCUCAGCUCGGCUGGGUGAGGAAUGCCAUCAAAGUAGUCGAUGACAGCAAUAUGUAGUGAUGCUGCUGUGGUGAUGAUCAACAUGCCAAAAGGAACGGCUUUGUUUGUUUCUCAAGUGAAGUAUUAGCUCAGUAACCAUCUUUCUGUAAUGCUCUGUCAUUCUUUUCAUCAUUAUCAUGGCAUCAUGUCAAGUAAAUGCAAUAUGUUUUAAUGAGUUUAGUAUUUUUUUUUAACUUUAACUGUUUACCUGUAAACUGUUAAUUUUACUGCAAAAUGUUAACAGACAACAAUCACCCUAUUCUUACUAGGAUUACAGGGAUGAUUUAUGAUAGUCUAUUUUUUUUAUUUGUAGGCUAAAGAGAGAAAUUUGCUUUUGUUUCAUUCUGUAUAACAACAUUUGUCUUAUAUGAUGUUCUUCAUUCUAAUAAAACAGACCACAAAACCCUU